AUUUUUUCUUCUCCCCCAAUUCGCUUCCGAUCCCUUCCCAGACCCAAUCAGACCGGCUACUCUUCUUUGUCGGCCACUCAUCCGUUUCUCUCCCACAACCGCCGGGCCGCCGCUGCCGUGGCGGCAACCUUCGGACCCCUGCCGCUCGCCGGCGAUACUGCUGGACCACCGGGCCUGGGGUGCGCCUCCACCUCCCCCUCUCGAAGAAGAAGAGAAAGAAACGCCGCUGUGAAACCCUAGAUCUCAGAAUUCUCCGCGUUUCGUCCUCGAUCGUUGCCCGCAAAAUCUCAGUUCUCUGAUCCGAUUCCAAACGCCGAAUCUCGUCAUGUCGGCGCUGUUUAAUUUCCAUUCGUUCCUGACGGUGGUACUGUUUGUGAUCUGCACCUGUACCUACAUCAAGAUGCAGUUCCCCACCAUUCUUGAACAGAGGACCGGGUUUCGUGGCUUCUUCUGGAAGGCAGCUAGAAUAGGUGAACGCUUAAGCCCAUGGGUGGCCUUGGGGUGCUUUGCGAUGGGCAUAUCCAUAAUUAUUUUCUGAGAGUUGGAGAAGGGUUUUUUUUAGCUGACUUUAUACUCCGGAGUUGACAGCCAGUUUCUUUUACGCACUGAACAUUGUAUUACUCCAGGUUUACACAAACCUGGGUCAAAGAUGAACAUAGUGGUGGUCUUUCAUUUAUUUAUCAUUGGGUUUGCAAU